AUGGCAAUCUUCUGGGCCCUCCUCCUGCUGUUGACCAACAUCUUGCCAGGCUCCCCAGUAGACGCGCACCAUUGUCGGCAAUUACAAGUUACCCAGUGGUUUCGUUUCCCUUACACGGAUGCCCAAGCCUGUUUGUCGCGAAAUGCGACUUGGGAUCAUGACCUUCGAAAUUUAAAUAACGACCUUUUCAAUAUAAGUUACAUCAAGUAUGAGAGGGGCGAGGACAAGUGUCUCAACUUGUGGUGCGCCAAGUGCAAGCCGACAUUUCUCAACUUCGAUAAAACUCCAAAUGCUAAAAACGAUGAAGUGCCACUGUUUGACAAGAAGCACAAUAAAUGUUGGGUCCCAAUCGCUGGCCUUCAGUUUUGGCGCGUUUACAAAUCGUCGAGCAUUCGCCGUGGCGAAAACAAAUGUGGUUUUAAAGACGUCAUGGCGCAAUUCCAAGCAAAACAUGGCUAUGUUUGGAUGGAUGCACUGAAGAAGAAUCCUGGUCAAUUCGCCAAUAUCUCAAGGGUGAUUACGAUUAGACUGAACAGGGACCGUGACUCCGCACCCGGCAUAGAGGACGACGUCAAAUGCAGUUAG